CCAGGGUUUUGUGUUAUAGGUGGUGCCACAGGUGAUGCUCAACCAGAUGCUGUACCUUCGGUACAGGGCACCCUGCCCCACUUCAUCCAGGAGCCGGAGGAUGCCUACAUUGUCAAAAGUAACCCUAUCAAGCUGCGCUGUCGAGCUGUGCCUGCCUUACAGAUCUUCUUCAAAUGCAAUGGGGAGUGGGUUCAUCAGAACGAGCACUUCUCUCACGAGUACAAGGACCUCAACACUGGACUGAAGGUGCGUGAAGUGAUGAUCAACGUGUCACGCCAGCAGGUGGAAGAUUUCCAUGGCCCCGAGGACUACUGGUGUCUCUGUGUUGCCUGGAGCCACUUGGGCACAUCCAAGAGUCGAAAGGCUACUGUUCGCAUCGCUUACCUGAGGAAAAACUUUGAGCAGGACCCCCAGGGGAAGGAGGUGCCAAUCAAUGGGAUGAUCGUUCUGCACUGUCGUCCUCCGGAGGGAGUGCCCGCUGCAGAGGUGGAGUGGCUGAAAAAUGAAGAGCUGGUGAGUUCCCUGACGGAUGACAACAUCGACACCCGAGCCGACCACAACCUCAUCAUCAACGAAGCGCGCCUGUCCGACUCGGGCAACUACACCUGUCUGGCCAGCAACGUUGUGGCAAAGAGACGUAGCGCCACGGCAACUGUGAUAGUCUUUGUGAAUGGCGGCUGGUCCCUGUGGACGGAGUGGUCGGCCUGUAAUGCGCCAUGUGGGCGGGGUGUCCAGAAGCGAUCUCGGACCUGCACGAACCCGGCACCACUGAAUGGCGGGGCCUUCUGCGAGGGCAUGUCCGUACAGAAGAUCACUUGCAACGCGCCCUGUCCAAUUGAUGGAGGCUGGAAUGAGUGGAGCCAGUGGACAGUGUGCAGCAGUCAGUGUGAGAGGCAGCGAACUCGGGAAUGCAACUCCCCAAUACCCAGACACCGAGGCAAAAUGUGCGAAGGGAACAGUGAGGCCACUGAGAACUGCACAGAUGGACUGUGUACCCAGAAUCGAAAGCUGCUACAUGACGUUAAACCUCAAAGUAUGGAGAGCUCCAAUGAUGUGGCUCUGUACUCAGGCCUUGGAGCCGGCAUAAUCACCGUUGCAAUCCUUGUGGUGGCUGUCAUGCUGUACAGGAAAAAUCACAGCGAGUACGGCGUGGACGUUAUUGACUCCUCUGCGCUCACCGGGGGUUUCCAGUCUUUCAACUUCAAGAACACCAGACAAGGAAACCCGUUGCUUCUCAACUCCUCCAUGCAGCCAGACUUAACAGUGGGCCGGACAUACAGCACUCCCCUCUGCUUCCAGGACAGCACAGAUAAAGAGCUCUUUGACCCCCUGCCAGACAUCAAGGUCAAAGUUCAGAGCUCCUUUAUGGUUUCACUAGGUGUGGCCGAGAGGGCGGAGUUCCACGCCAAAGCCCCAGCCGAGACCUUCCCGCGAGAUCUGAGCCGGGACUAUUGCAGCACCAUGGACAGAAGGAAGAAGGGCCUGCUUACCCUCAAUGGGCCCUUCAGCUCCUGCAAAGAGCCGCUGAGGACCACCGGUGUGUUUGGUCACCAUGGAGGGAGGCUGGUUGUGCCAAACACAGGGGUCAGCCUCCUGGUGCCUCAUGGAUCCGUGGCUGAAAAUAUGUCCUGGGAGAUGUACAUGGUGAUCAAUCAGGGAGAAGCAAGUGUCCAAACACUGGACAGCUGUGAAAUCCUCCUGGGCCCAGAAGUAACAUACGGACCUCCUGGCCUGGAUCUCUUCUGCCCGGUGGCCAUGACCAUCGCCCACUGUGCAGAGGUGGACGCUGAGAACUGGAACAUCCAGCUCAAGAGGAGAACCCAGGACAGCAAAUGGGAGGAAGUGAUGUCAGUGGAGGAGGAAUCCACCUCAUGUUAUUGCCUGAUGGACUCGACAAGCUGCCACUUGCUGCUGGACCAGCCAGGUUCUUACGCCCUCGUGGGUGAGCCCCUGACGCAGGCUGCCAUCAAGAGGCUGAAGCUGGCUGUGUUCGGAACCAUGGAGGUUGGCUCCAUGAGCUACACCUUGCGGGUGUACUGUGUGGACGACACGCCACAUGCCUUUCAGGGAGUGGUGGCUGCAGAGAAGACCAGAGGCGGUCAGCUCCUCGAGGAGCCAAAGAUGUUGCCUUUCCGAGCGAACACCUUCAGCCUGCAGGUGUCCAUCCAGGAUGUUCCCCAGUUUCUAUGGAGCAUCAAACCCUUUACCACAUGUCAGGAAUUCUCCUUCCCCCAAGUGUGGUGCAGCAACCAGCAGCCCCUGCACUGUGCCUUCUCUCUGGAGAGAUACAGCCCUGUCACCGCCCAGCUCUCCUGCAAAAUCAGCGUGCGCCAGGUCAAAGGCCAUGAGCAGAUUCUGCAGGUCUAUACGGCUGUGGCCGAGACCGAAAAGGAGUCAGUUCCAUUUUUUAUGCAGACAGACUGCACCAUCACGUCCCAGACGGGGCCCAAGGCCUUCAAAAUCCCCCUGUCCAUCCGCCAGAGGAUCUGUGCCACCUUCGACACUGCCAACGCCAAGGGCAAGGACUGGCAACUCUUAGCCCAAAAGCUCCACUUAGAUCGAAACCUGGGGUAUUUUGCAAAGCAGCGGAGUCCGUCUGCAGUCAUACUAAGCCUGUGGGAGGCUCGUCACCAGGACACUUCUGACCUUGACUCUCUAGCCAGUGCCCUGGAGGAGAUUGGAAAGAUCCACUCCAAAAGUUCCCCCAAGGACCAGGACGAGUGCGAAUCUGACUCCAUUCACAUAGAAGCAAGCAGUCUGUAUGGAACAGGCAGACUAACCAGUCAGAAUACAGAGGACUGUGCUUCUGAAUACACGGGCUGAGAGAGGAGAGAGAGCCAGUAAAAACUGACAGACUGACGUAUAUAUCUGUGUACGCACACAGUCAGUGAUGGACAACACACUGCGGCGGUGCGGUAGAAGGUCACGAGGUGAGUAGACGGUGCCAGUGUUCAACACGGCGACCGAUCACAACAGGUCGAGGUGAGCUGGCACCUGCUGUGGAUCUACCCCUCUCUUUUAAGAACCCGUCUGAGGCUGGACUGUAAAUCUUUGUCUGCCUUUCCACUCAGUCCUUUCUGUUUGUUUCUAACUUCUUUUAAUUUAGGUUGAUGUGAAUUUAUUCCCCUUUGUGUCUGCUAUUGUCUGAACCCGCGUUAGAGGAGAAGGGAGCUCCUUUUCCAGCAGUCCACACGCUUGCAUAUAAGUUUGAAUAUGCAAACAAGAUGAUACAACUGUGGCGUAAUGUUAGUCACCUAUGUUUGAUCUGACACUCCCCUUCCUGUGUCAACAAAUGAAAAAGGACUUAAAAGCUAGUUUUUCCUUUUCUUUUAAUGUCCACUGUUAUAUUUUUAAUGGGAAGCUCCUGAUUGCUUAAAUGUUGUGAUAGUGAACUUUCAAGGCAGGUAUCUUCAAAAUCACCUGGUUUUAUUUAUUAAGAGAAAAAAAUCCCAAAACCGAAAUUUUAGCACUUAUGUGAUCAUUUAUGCAAAAAAUAAUCAUAAAUAUAUCAUCCCCAGUUGUACUCGAAAAAAAAAUAAGAAAGAAAACGAGCCGUUGGUUGUGGCGUAAUGUGGCAGAGUGAGAUUUCUAACAUUACAAUUCAUUACAGUUGCCUCCUGCGGCAGAUAGAGAAGGAGGAAGCUGUAAAACAUCAUUUCCUGGCACCGCGGAGAGGUCAUCGCUACGUCUUAUCAUCCACUUCCCACCAUUAACACCCGUCACACAGACCUCAUAUCAGGCCCUGACACACCCAGCUGCCCCCACGUCUACCACCCACCCACACAAGUACACAACUCACAUACCACACUGACAUUUCGCGGCUGUAGAGGUCACAUAUUUUCAUAUUAUUCAAAAAACAACAAAGGAAUACAGACAGUGUCAGACAUAUAUAACAUGCAGUAACAGUAUAUAAGGUAUAUAAAUCCUACGUCAUGCUGAGGGAAUAAGGGAAAAUGUCAUAGUCAUGUGAGGUAAUGGUAAGUGAAACUUUUGAUGACCUCCAGGUCAAAAAAGAUUGAAAUGUUAACCCCUCAUCUUUAUAUUAGAACACACACUAAGGUUGAAGCUGUCAGAGCUUUAGCUGGUGUUCGUAGAAAAGUGUUUUUGUAAUUUUUUAAGACUCUUAAUUCAAGGUUCAAUUAAGUACUUUUUAUCUCCAAAAGUUGAUUCUGUUCAUCUGGACGUAGCGUUUUGUGGGAGAAACGUUUCUGAUGAAUAUAUCUGAUGUAUUUUUUUACAUCAGAUAUAUUCAAAAACAACACCCAGUGUUCUCGCAGCGGAGAGAUUUGUAUGAGUGAAAUCACAGCGGGUCUCAUAACAACCUUCACCUUGCCAGAGAGGUGCAUGCUGGGUGAAUAAGGCCAAAUUAUGCAAAAUUAUAUUUUCGCACGUACUCCUGGCAGUCUCUAGCCGUGAACUUUCAGGUUAGAAUUUUCUGAUAUGUGCCACUGAG